ACCUACACAUCGCAUCCUGUCUUGUGGUCAAAUCAGUUUUAUUACAUCUGGUGCUGUUCCGUGUAGGGAAGGAUAUAAAUAAAGAACGGGGCAAUAAACGCAUUAUUUUGUUCCGUGGUUCAGCAGAGGCGACAACAAAUUUAACCUCUGAAGAGAAGAUGGGUCGUUUAUGUGGGAUAUUACUUUGCCUUGUAUCUGUAGUUGCUAUAUGCACGGCAUCAGAAUUAGCAAUUCGGGAGAAGCGCCAGAUCGACGUGAAUGCAAUCCGGCAGCGCGUGGAACGGCUAAUGCGCACGGGGAACAUCCCCGAUGCCGUCGUCAAGGCCCUCGGCUCACUGGACCAGGUGAUGCAGAUUCUGAGCUGCCUGCCUACCAGCUGUACCGGGAAUUGUUGCACGAGUCCGGAUUUCUGCCCCAUUCCACAAUUAGCUUCAGAUAUGGUGAGAAACCCUAGGGCAAAGUUCACCUUCUGCAAGAACCCUUGGAAGAUUCGGAUUGAUCUGGAUGCCGACUUUAGACUUAGCGGCAUUGCUAGACUAUUGAAAAUCAAGCUGAAUCCAAUUGAGAUACCCAUCGACAACAGAGAGAGUGAAGGUGUACUAAAGAUGCAGUCGACCACAGAGGUCGCCUCUGCUGCCGUCAGACUCAUCGGACUGCGACUAGCUAAAGCUAAACUGAAGUUCGAUUUCCUUCUCAGAUACGACUGUACUAAACCACAGGACAACCCUUUACAGCGAAACAGAUACAAUUCUAUGUAUGAUGACGGCCAACCAGGACCAGAUGGAAACAAGCUGUUCUACAAACUCAACAUCAAAUUUGAGGUUCUCACGAAAAGGUUCCCAUGCUUCUGUUAUAAAGUGAAGAGCUCAAACACAUUGGUGGACAAAAAGAAACAUUUUGCAGAGGGGCCAGAUUCUUGUAAAACACCAGCCGUCGUUCCAACCCCAGCUAUAUGCAAAUCAUUCGACAGGAACCGUGUGUCUUCGAUCUUCAGGAGAGCUUUUGACGCAUUGCUCAAAAAAAUGUGUCCCUAAAUAAAA